GGCAGAGUGACGGGGUGACGGGGUGUCUAGGUGACUGGCCACAGACUGAGUCGCCCUGGUGGCCCUUGAGCUGGGCCAAUCUCCACCAUCUGCUCCCUUAAAAAGGCCUCUUGUUGCUGAUGGUCCCUGCCCUUUUUCUUUCCCCUUUCCCUUUUCUUCAUCCAAACACACCCUGUAAACAUUUGGCCUUUUUUGCUCCAAAUCGUUCCAGCAUUUGUUGCUCCUUUUUGCUCAGCGUGCAUUGUUGACUUCCUCGUUGCAGACUCGUCUCCCUCACGUCCUCUUUCCCCCCAGAGAACCCAGUUCCCCCAAAGACAGUCUUGACUCUCGACUGCCGCAAGGGAGAAGAGAGUUGAGGCGCCUUUCAGAGCUGGCAAUCUGGACUUUGACGCCCGAGUCCCAAUCCCAAUCAGUGUCUUCCCGUCUACGUACAGGAGUGACGCUUCUGCCGAAGAAACUACCGUCACAAAGGUAGAAGGGGAAGUCCAAUUACCCAGAACCUCCUCGCGCGUCGGACGGGAAGAUACUCGAUUUUCUAAGGAAGAAGUCGACAUCUCCUAUAGAGACAGCCGUCCACGCCGCGAUCAAUAUCAACGAGAGGACGUGCGUAUCUACGAGGAGCGUGAUCGAAAAUACCCCGAGGUAGAGCUCACACGCGAGAAGUACCGAGGACCCACUGACUACAAGUCUGCCAACGUCGACAUCGAAGUCGACCGUCGAGACACCCGCACCCGUGCCGACGGUUUCCGAGACACCCGUGCCACCAACGUCGACAUCGAAAUCGAUCGUCGAGACACUCGGGACCACGUCGAAGUAGACUACGACCGCCGUCAGACCUACGACAAGACUCUAGAGUCUCAGCUAGAUAUCACCGAGCGAGAGUACCGUCGCCGCGUCGAUCCCACUUACGACGUUGAGUACGAGCGUCGCCGUCCCGUCCAAGCCGACGUCACAGUUCAAAAACAAGAGAUCACAGCCGAUCAACCAACUAGAAGAGACAUGGGUUACUACGACGACGAGGGCAACUAUCACAGCUUCCGCCGUGGAGUGGAGCGUGCCGCCGACCGCAUCAUGCACCCCUUCUCCCACCAUCACCACCAUGACGGUGGCCGAGAGGAGGUGGUGGUAGAGUCAAGAGAGACCACCGGCCCAACCCGCGUCCGCGAGGGUUCCGUCGAGCAAGUGCGUUUCGUCGAGCCUCGUUUCGGAGGCCGCGGUGUGCCCAUCCAAUGUCACUUUAUCCGCAUUGGCGACAUUCUCCUCCUCCAGGGUCGUCCCUCGCAGGUCAUCCGUAUCAGCAUGUCGUCUCAGACCGGCCAGUACCGUUACCUAGGUGUUGACCUGUUUACCCGUCAAUUGCACGAAGAGAGCUCCUUCAUCAGCAAUCCUGCUCCCUCCGUUGUCGUGCAGACCAUGCUUGGCCCUGUCUUCAAGCAAUACCGCGUCUUGGACAUCCGUGAGGACGGCUUGAUCGUCUGCAUGACCGAGACCGGCGACGUCAAGCAGGGAUUGUCUGUCGUUGAUCAGGGCGGUCUGUUCAACCGAAUCGACCGAGCGUUCGCUGAUGGCAGAGGAAGUGUCCGUGUGUUGGUUAUCAACGAUGGCGGGCGGGAGUUGAUUGUGGAUAUGAAGAUCAUCCACGGUUCAAGAUUGUAGUUGUCCGAACCGAGUUGGGGAAGAUGUGGUGAAGUGAUGUGAGGAUUACAAGCAGUGGUAAUGUCGACGUGGAUGGGUCCGGCUCAGGGUCGUCGUCUGGACUAGGUUUACCGGAUAUAUUCAUGUGCAUAUGCUUGGACAAAUCUCUUGUGUACAUGGCAGCAGGACAACCAUUUGACUCGGCUGAGGACAGAAUAUGUGACUGCUUCCUAGCCGCACUUGCUGAGACACAUAUGGAUAUGGUACGUAGGCUAGGUAGGAAAGGAUAGGCGCAAUGGUAUUGCGUUCUGGUAGACGAAAUGUCCCUUGCCCUUCAUCUGUGCCCUCCACAAUUGCCAUCUCGAAAAGAGGCGAGUCUGUGGUACA